CUCCGAUUGAUUGACGAGAAGGCACCCGUUUGAAUUCUCCCGCCGGGUGACGCAGUGGCCUGCAGGGGGCGUUUCAAGUGACGCAGUAGGCGGCAGAUCGGGUGUCUGCGAAUCUCCUCCCCCUUAGCAGUCAGUCCGGGUACAUGGCGACUGCGGCAAAGAACGAGCGAGAAGACGCAGGACUAGAGGAGCAGCUGUGCGGCGUGUCGGAGCUUUGUCCCCUCUCCUUAUGAAGCAGACGAGAGCUGAGUUCUGAAAAUAAGAUGGAUAGCAGCUUUGAUUGUGAUUGUGGCGAGCUGGAGCCACCUGAUCAUUAACAGAAGAACUCUUCUGUAAUUUAAGGUCUGCCACGGUUCCCCUUUCGGAUGCACUGUAUACAAACAACAUCUUGUUAAAAAUCAUUUCUAGUGCUUACCAGCACCAUAGAAUGACGCUGCUCAGGACCAGUUCAACACUGAAUGUAUCUGCACUGUGAGGAGGAUGAUGAUAGAAGCCUAUAUCUUGCAUAUUUAUUCACGUUUUUGUUCCAUGUCCAUUUGUUUUGCACACUAGAGCCGCGUGCAUAGUAUGUCAUUUCAUUCCGUUUCACUUCCAUUGAGUGUUUUUGUUGAUGUUUGCUGGAAUGCUGCAUCUCUUGUGAACUAUGAAUACAGUCCUUUUUUCUACAAUCCAAACUGAGCUUUAGCGUUGUGGCUUGCGGGAUCCACCAGGCCUGGCUGGCUGUUAUGCAAUGAGAAUUGAAGCGAACCAGUCUAAAGAAGAGCUUUUUUUUUUUUUUCUUUUGUGGAAGGUAUAUGAAAUCUUUUCUUUAGAUACCAGCAGUGGUUUAUUGUCACGUAUUUAGGAAAAGUGAUAAUUUCUGGACAAAGGAAGUAAAGUAGCCAAAAUGGCAGAAAAGUUUGAAAGCCUCAUGAACAUUCAUGGGUUUGAUUUGGGCUCUAGAUACAUGGACUUAAAACCCCUCGGCUAUGGUGGUAAUGGCUUAGUUUUUUCUGCUGUUGAUAAUGACUGUGAUAAGCGAGUGGCUGUGAAGAAAAUUGUUCUGACCGACCCCCAGAGUGUCAAACAUGCUCUGCGCGAGAUCAAAAUUAUCCGAAGACUUGAUCAUGAAAACAUUGUCAAACUAUUUGAAAUUCUCGGCCCUAACGGAAAUUGCUUAACCGAUGAUGUGGGCUCAUUGACUGAGCUGAACUGUGUGUAUAUUGUUCAGGAGUAUAUGGAGACCGAUCUAGCCAAGCUCCUAGAGCAAGGCCCACUUCGUGAAGAGCAUGCUAGGCUCUUUAUGUACCAGCUGCUACGUGGGCUUAAAUAUAUCCACUCCGCUAAUGUGCUGCAUCGAGAUCUUAAGCCAGCAAACCUAUUUAUUAACACUGAAGAUUUGGUGGUAAGAGUCGGAGAUUUCGGUCUUGCACGUAUCAUGGAUCCCCAUUAUUCCCACAAGGGACAUCUUUCUGAAGGACUUGUCACCAAAUGGUACCGAUCUCCACGCCUUUUACUUUCACCAAAUAACUACACUAAGGCUAUUGAUAUGUGGGCAGCUGGGUGCAUCUUUGCUGAAAUGCUGACUGGAAAAACCCUUUUUGCAGGUGCACAUGAACUCGAACAAAUGCAGCUAAUUCUGGAGUCCAUACCUGUUGUUCAUGAAGAAGAUAAACAAGAGCUUCUCAGUGUUAUCCCAAUUUUUAUCAAAAAUGAUAUGACCGAGCCACAUACUCCUUUAACACAGCUACUUCCAGGGAUCAGUCCUGAAGCUCUAGACUUCCUGGAGCAAAUCCUGACAUUUAGUCCUAUGGACAGACUAACGGCAGAAGAAGCUUUGUCUCACCCAUAUAUGAACAUCUAUUCUUUCCCUUUGGAUGAGCCAAUUUCAAACCAUCCUUUUCACAUUGAAGAUGAGGUAGAUGAUAUAUUGUUGAUGGAUGACAACCACAGCCAUGUCUAUAAUUGGGAAAGGUACCAUGACAGCCAGUGUUCAGACCAUGAUUGGCCUAUUCAUAAUAAUUUUGAAGCUGAUGAAGUUCAGCGUGAUCCAAGGGCUCUCUCGGAUGGAAGCGACGAGGAAGAGGUUCAGGUGGAUCCUCGCAAAUAUCUGGAUGGAGAGCGAGAGAAAUAUCUAGAAGAUCCUGCAUUUGAUCCAUACUUCUCUGCUGAGCAUUCUUGGCAGCACUCUAACCACCAUGAGAAUAAAUAUUGUGAUCUUGAGUGCAGCCAUACCUGUAACUACAAAAUGACUUCCUCCUCUUACCUAGAUAACUUAGUAUGGAGGGAGAGUGAGGUCAACCAUUAUUAUGAGCCAAAACUUAUUAUCAAUCUUUCCAACUGGAAGGAGCAAAAUAAGGAGAAGUUAGAUAAGAAGGGGAAAUCAAAAUGUGAAAAGAAUGGUUUAGUGAAGGCUCAGAUAGCCCUUAAAGAAGCAUCAGAGCAGCUAGUUGAAAAAGAAAGGGAAAAACGCAAAGAAUUUGACUUUGAUUCAUUCAUAGCAGGUACCAUUCAGCUUAGUCAGCAAGAUGAUUCUUCCAGUGUUGACAAGCUCAACGACUUGAAUAGCUCUGUAACACAACUUGAAUACAAGUCCUUAAUAUCAAAGUCUGUAAGCAUGGAAAAACAAGAGAAAGGCAUUGUCAACCUAGCACAAUUGGGUACUCGAAACCAAAAUUCUUGGGACAGUUCCAUCGUAACUGGUGAAGACUGCUUCCUAAUAGAUCAAUUUUGUUGUGAAGUAAGGAAGGAUGAUCACAAUCAGAAGGAAAACACUUAUACAGGUUACUUAGACAACUUGUUCAGUAGGAAAGAAGACACAGAAGUGUCAGACCCUGAGCCAGCAGAAGAUGGAAAGGAUAGCAGCAAGGAAAAUGAGGAGUUCUUACCAAAUUUCAGUGGUGACAUCAUCUUUAGUAAGCAGCUGGGUUGUAUAGGUAUUCCCCAGUUUCAGAAUCCUAUUGGCUCACCCCUCAAAUCAGUACAAGCCACAUUGACACCUUCUGCAAUGAAGUCCUCCCCUCAAGUUCCCCAUAAAGCCUACAGCAGCAUUCUAAAACAUUUAAACUAAAACA